AUCCAAUAGCUUUGUGGUAUCGUACUACAGUACCGUACCAUACGACCUACCGUGCCACUUCAAAAGCAAAACAUUUUUUGAGCGCGCUAUGUCGUGCCGACAGGGCAGGAUGGUUUGGAUACAAUGCAAAAUUCGAAAGCCAUUCACACAUCAGCAAAGCAAGCUAGUUAUCUCAUCAAGAGGGUCGGUACAUGCGUGCACCUCACGCCUUGAAAAGAUAAACGAUAUGGGUGACUUUUUCACACAUAACCUCUGGGAAAAAGAGGUAAGGAAAUACAACUGUGGAGAUUAAUGGCGAAGAAACCAAAUUUGUCCUUCGAAAAUCGUUUCGUCCGAUCGUGCYCGACCGAGAUUGAAUUGGUUGCGCCAUUCCAAGCUKUAUUUUGUCACAUUCUCUUCUGUGAUGUUGCGCCAUUCGUCCCGUCGUCAACGUUCACARAAAAGGCCUUCUCGUUUGAUUUUGUAAUCUGUKAUACAUUAAUUAGAAAUGAUGCAAUACAAACUCAUUUGAAUGGUAAUAGACGCUGCCUUCUGAGUACUUCGUGUUUCAACUUCUCACUACUCGCUACAUUCCCGCAAUAAAAUGAAAUUCAUUCAAAAUACUAUGAAAUAACGCACGGCGGGACGAAGUAGCCCGAUUUUGCCAGAGACUACAACGAACAAGGAGGAACUGCCGACGCACAAAGCGAAGAAAGUGAAACCACUUUUUAUGGAGCUCAACACGUAAUUGCCCUCGUGGAUUGCCAUCCGGAUAUGUUUCAAGAAGGGAAACACAGGAUAAAGGCCAAAUACGAAAGCGAACGGAAUGAAGAAAUCCAAAAUUUCACCGACAACAGUGAGAGAGCACCAAUCCAUUUGUCCAUCAAACUCAUCCAGAGCCUACUCCAGCAAAUAAUAGAACAAACUGUAAUACGCAAAAUUGGAAAGCGAAACGGGGUGGGACUCUUAUUUUACAACACAAGAACAAUACAUAAAAAUWCCRGRGAUAGAGGUCAGAAAAAUAGCAAGAAGAGCGAAGAGGACAGUGWAGAKGACGACGACGAUAAGAUGGAUGACGAAGAGGACGAAGAAGAGGACGAAGUGAAUGAUGACGAUGUGCUCGUAACACCACGGCCCGAAACGACCGUCCAUAGACUUUUGGAUUUAGAACCACCGGGAAUUAGACACGUGCAGACCCUUCGAAAASUAGUGUCGGAUAACCAUCCGCAACGACAAACGAAGCUAGAUCGCGACUUGCGUGCCGAAUUUUGUCCUCURCAUGAUGAACCUCAUCCAGCCAUUGCCCCUCUACAAAUAGCGCUCGAGGAGGCAACAAGGAUGUUUCUGAGUGCGAAAUGCGUUCGUGAUCGSAAUGCAAGAACCAAGGAAAAUGAGCGUGAUACGAAAUCAAUUUGGGUGUUUACCAACCAAGCGAAUCCGUAUUCUGAUGAACGAAAGAAACGGAUUGAAAACAUAGCCAACUUGGCCAAGGAACAAGACAUUUCAAUCGUUGUWUGGCCUCUUGGAAUUCAUUCGAACACCGAAGAUACUCACGGGAACGGCGAUGUUAAAUCAUUUGAUCCUCUUUUUUUUGGUUCGAUUGCAUCUAGAAUCGUUUGGCCYCUGAAUGAUGAGUCUUMUUUUGAGUCGACAGAAUCGUGYGGCCAGCGCCUURUAUCCGAGGACAUGAUGAAAAAUGCACUAAAUGACAUCCAUGAUGUGGCCAAAAUUCGCCGUACGUAUUAUGGACCAAUGCACAUUUUGCGCCGAGGAAAGGCRCACUCUCAAAAUAAACCUUCUAUUAUGAUCGAUUGGUACUCUCUCGUUCAGUUCUCUAGGAGGCCUGGGAAAGUCCAAGUUAAUACKGAGACCAAAAUGUGAGUGUUCAGGUGAGGAAGGAAAACACUUUGAAUCGAAAAAACCAACGUAAAAUCAGAGGCUGAUUGGUUCUGUAUCAAAYCCACUGAGWAUUCGGUAGGUUGAUACAAAACCAAUAUGCUGAUAAGUAUUUUACUCGCAUUGUUUUCUAAUCGUUUCCUUUUCUCAUSUUACUGUUUCACCAUCGAUAGAGAAACUGUGAAAAUCCGAUWCAUCCUGGAGAAAGACACCGGGAAAGAYGUUGCACGUUUUUGGAACAAACCCACGGCUGAACAACGGGAGCAUCAGCGAAGCCAAUCAGGUUUGCAGCGCAUUCGUCACUUUUUCAACUUUGCCAACGAGCUUGUUCCAAUUACACAACAAGAUAUUGUGGGAAUKAAAGAAAAUGCCAAUGGUGGGUAYACCCCUGGCCUAACGAUAUUGGGAUUCAAACCGAGAAACGCGAUUCCUUUUCAUCACACAAUUUCAAAGCCAUUCGUGAUAUUUCCAAACGACGACGUUGUGAAAGGGAGUUUUACAGCUUUCAAGCAUUUGCAUGCUGCAAUGUUGCGCAAGAAUGUCAUCGGUGUGGGCGAAGUGUUGCACAGASAAACCUCCCAAUCAAGACUGGUUGCGAUUUAUCCAUUUGAAAGGGCAGAUUACAUGCCAGACGGCAUGUACGUAAUAACCCUCCCAUUCGAAAAUGAUAUGCGGGCAGUUGCCCCCGAUGCUGCUUCGAUGGAGUUUAACCUCCAACAAAAACGGGACGAAAAAAAAUCUGAAGUUGAGACGGCCUAUAAGCAGAAUGAACCUGAAAUCAUUGGCAGCAACGGAAAUGCUGGAAUUCCAGGUGCUGGUAACCAGCAYCAAGAGAACGAAUUGGGYAGUAUUGCAUCCGAGGAGCUCGUUSAUGCAGCAAUCAACUUAAUGGGUCCACUAGGUCUAACUAAAGCGGAGGUGGGAGUAGAUUUUGAAAAUGCAGCGCUUAUGGAAUUCUAUUCCUAUCUGAAAAGUGUAGCAUUCGAUUCACCUCAGGAAGAAGCAAGAUAYGAUACACGAAACUUGAGUGACACGGAAUUUGCUGCGGAAGAAAUCGAUGCUUUCAAAUCACUCCUACCAGCUGAUGCCGAGCAGGAGAGGCCCACGCUUUCACGAAAACGAGCGAGAAAGAUUGUUCCGGACGAUUCUGGGAUUGAUUGGGACGAAUUGUACAGGARAGAUGAAAUCGAUACCUGCAAYAUGGACAUGUUGAAAAAAUACCUUCGGUCUGUUGGACUCUCGACCUCCGGAAGAAAGAAUGACCUCGUGUUGCGCGUUGCCAGUGCUUUGGCUGAGAAAUGCUCACAUGGCACAAAUAUCUUCGCCGCGAUGGAGCAGGGUGUUGUCAAGAAAGAAGAAUCGAUGAUUGGGAGAACGAUAUAGUGGUCCCACAAAGCGGUAUGAAAUUAUGAUUAACAUC